GCUCGAGCGCUAUUCAUAUUCGGAAUUUGAAUAGUACCUGAUAUUUUAAAUAGUGCCACGAAUUUGAAUAGUGUCGUGAAUAGUAACUCGUGAUUUUGAAUUUGAAUUUUGAAUCCCCGUUUCCUUUUGUACUACUAGUAUCAGAGCCGAGGUUAUUAAAAUUUAAAUUUAAGGGAAUUUGUGGUAUUUUUUAGAGUACAAAAAUCAGUAGAAUAUCUCAGUUGUGCUUAAAAUGGAAGCUUUAGAAAAUGAAAUUAAGCAGUACGAAUUUAAACUAAGUAAAAUUCUUGAUGAAUAUAAUACUUCUAUGUUAUGUGAAUGGUCUGCUAUUAGAGAAAAAGAAAUUUAUUUCAUUAGAAAGAUAGCUUAUUUAAAAAAGAUAUCUAAAGAAAGAGAGCUAAAUGAUAAGAAAUAUAAAGCGUCAGUUGUGAUAAAAGAAGUGGGAAGAUGAGUCAACCCCAAAAGAUGUGCAGAAUCAUAAAGCCAAAAGGGAUCCAGACACUCAUAAAGGUAAUAUUAUAGAUAAUGUGUUAAAAGAGGACAGACAACCAGAGUUGAUGAUUAAGCUUUUAGAAAGUUAUGAAGACGAAGAAAAUAAUACCCAACAAUACGGAGACUUUAUAGACUCUCUAGAUGAUGAAAGUUUAUAUAAUCUGGAUAAUGCUAUGGAUGCAUUAGAAAUAAAUAGUGAAAGAAUUAAUACCUUAGAGGAGGUUAAAACUGAAUUAAUGGAUCAAGGAAAUUGCGAUCAUGAUUGGAUUCAAGGAAGAGGUGACUAUAAUAUUAAAUGUGCUUUUUGCAUUUAUUAUCCUAGUCAAGAAAAUAGAUUUACUUGUAGUAUAUGCUUAAAGCAAGCAUGUGCUUCAUGUUUAAAAGCUGGAAAUCAAAGAUGGAGACAGGAAGUAGAAUUAGAAGAAGAAGAUAAAUUAUUAACAAGAAGAGUUAGAAAUUUAGAGAAUAGAAUAAAUAGUUUAGAAGUGGAACUAGAAGAACUAAGAAGUAAGUUAGAAUUCAGUGAGGUACAAAAGGCUGAAGAAAAGGCUGAUAAGAAUAUUGAGUUAAAGGACCAGACGAUAAUAAGCAACAAGGAUAAUAGUGCAAUACAGUCAAACAACAAAGAUAAUAGUACCAUACAGUUAAAGGAUGCUAUAAUAAACUUUGGUAGCAAAUAUAUAGUCAAAUUGCCAUUUAAAGAAAUUGUAGGAAUAAGAAUACCUGUGAAGGUAAAAUUAACACCUACUAUCACUUAUAAAAUUUUAGCAUUAGUUGAUACUGGCUGUACUAAAAAUAUUAUGCAUGAUAAAUAUUUUGCGAGAUGCCCAGAAAUAGUUCAUACAAUAGAUCAAGAAAAGGCAGAUAUAUCCACUGACAUGUCUGGAAUAAAGAAGCUUCAUAAUCAGUUAGCCUACAAUAUUGAGGUACAAAUAAAUAAUACUAAAUAUAUUAUGGAUGAGAUUACAAUAAGAGACCUAUCUAUGAUACAUGAUGAUAUGAUCUUAGGACUAAGGUUUUUACAAUUCUCGUUGCAAACAACGAUCAUACAUGAGCAAGGAAUUACAUUUAUUCCUUAUCAAGAUAAUAUCCCAUACAUAACAGAAGUACGUAAGACUAUAAGUACCAAUACCGGAAAGUCCAAUUUAGAACUCCAAGGAGCUGAUGAUAAUGACCUUGAUGAUCAUACAGACGAGGAGUUAGGUGAAAAUAUAGAAGAGUUUCAUAUGGCAAACUCAUGUAUAGAAUGUAUUAGUUUACAAUCUUUUGCACCCAAUUGGUAUAGAGAUAUAAAAUCUAAAAAAGAUAUAGAUAAAAUUGUGCAAAGAUUAGAAGAUAUUCAAAUAAUUGGAGAAAUACCAAUGAAAUAUUGGGAAAAGAAUGGUAUUGUGUGUAAAAUUAAUAUAAUAAAUCCUAACUAUAUAAUUAAGACAAGUCCUAUUGAAGCUACACCUAAGGAUAUAGAAGAAUUCAAGAUGCAUAUUGAAGAGCUACUAAAAUUAAGAGCCAUAAGAGAAAGCAAAAGCCCUCAUAGGUCAGCUGCAUUUAUAGUAAGAAAUCAUGCAGAAAUAGUUAGAGGAAAAUCAAGAAUGGUUAUUAAUUAUAAAAGAUUGAAUGAUAACACUAUAGAUGAUGGUUAUAACAUCCCUAAUAAGCAAGAAUGGAUUAAUAGAAUACAAGGAAGUAAAUAUUUCUCAAAGUUUGAUUUAAAAGCUGGGUUUUAGCAAGUAAAGAUGGCAGAAGAAUCAAUAGAGUGGACAGCUUUUACGUGUCCUCAAGGCCAUUUUGAGUGGCUUGUUAUGCCUUUAGGAUUAAAAAAUGCCCCUGCUUUAUUUCAAAGAAAGAUGCAGAAUAUCUUUAAUGAAAACCAAGAAUUUAUACUGGUCUACAUUGAUGAUUUGUUAAUCUUUUCAAAAUCCUAUAAAGAACAUAUAGCUCAUUUAGAAACAUUUUUUAGAAAGGUAGAGCAGCAUGGAUUAAUACUUUCUAAAAAGAAAAUGGAAAUAUGCAAAGAAAAGAUAAAUUUUUUAGGUCAUGAAAUUGGGGAAGGAAAAAUUUAUUUACAAGAUCAUAUUGCAAAGAAAAUUUUACAGUUUCCUGAUGUUAUGAAUGACAAGAAGACAUUGCAACAGUUUUUAGGAAUAGUAAAUUAUGCUAGAAAUUAUAUUGAAAACUUAGCCAAGUUGGCUGGACCAUUGUAUGCAAAGUUAAGAAAAAAUGGGCAGAAGCAUUUUAAUUCUGAAGAUAUAAGAUUAGUAAGAGUUAUAAAAGAAAAGGUCAAAGAACUAAAACCUUUAGAAUUACCUUUAGAUGACUAUUAUUUUAUAAUAGAGACAGAUGCAUCUGAAAUAGGAUGGGGAGCUAUAUUAAAGCAAAAGCCGAACAAGUAUUCUCCAAAAACAGAAGAAAGAAUAUGUAGGAAUGAAGAGAGGAAUGAGUCCUACUGGUGGUGAAAGUUUCAGCUUUGGAACUGAAAACAGAUUAAGAAUCUUUCCACCAAAUACUUAUAAAUUUAAGCCUAAAGACCAUAUUGUCUUAGAUGAAAUACAAGAAUGUGUUUUAGAUAAUUUUUUGUUCCAAUAUAAUAAUAAGAGAGAUGAUAGAGGUUAUAUGCUUGCAAUAUUAAAUAGUUUAGCUGAAUAUUUUCAUAUGAUCAACGGGAAGAUACAGCCAAAAGAUCCAUCUAGCAAUAUAGAAAAGAAACUCAUAUAUGUCAUAUAUAGGGGAAAGACACCAGGAAUAUAUGUAACUUUUGAAGAAGUUAUAGCCCAGCAAAUAGAAAGAGAAAAAGAUGGAGGAAUAUCAUGGAAAAAAAUAUCUAGAUAUUGAUCAAGCCCUAUCAUAUGCAAGAAAUAUUUUAGGAAUAAAUUAUUUCCUAGAGCCUGCAGCAAAAGAAUAUAUUCAAAAAUACAGAAAGGCAAAUGAGGUAAAGACAAACUUGCCUGGAAUAAAUAUAAGAGAAGAUGGACCUUCAAGAAUACCCACAUAUAAGGAUGCUGUAAAAAAAGAAGCAUCAAAUGAAGAAUAUGUUGAAAAGAAGAUCAAAGAAAGGCUAGAUUCAAUAAUUCCUCAAUUGAAGAAAGAUAUAAAAGAAGAAAUAUGGCAAGAAGUGAAGCAUGAUAUAAAGGAAAAUUUUGAUGCCAUAAAGAAGGACUAUGAAGAAAAUAUAAAGAAGGAUUAUGAAUCAAAAAUGAAUAUGCCAAUAUCUGAUGAUGAUAUGCUGGAUAUUCGUGGUCAUGGGCAGCAACAAGAGUAUUAAGAAUUAUAUAUUAUGAAAAUUAAAUAUGUGUUAAUACUUAAGAUACCUAUCUGUGUUGAUAAGGAGUUAUCAACAAUUUCACCGUGGGAUAAGGAUAAGCAUGCCAGAGUGUUUGCUUGAUGUCUGCGACAUCAAUCAUUCGGGCGUGGAAGACUAUACACCGAAUAUAUUCCCGAAUAUAUCUAGAGAAUAUCACGUGAAGGAAGUGGACAAUGCAAAAGGAAUAAACAGUAAUAUCAACAGUGAGUUCUACUGUAGCCAGUACAAUUAUUGAAGGCAGCGUUAUCGUCCAGCUGUCCAGGCAACAGUAAAGAAGGAUAAUUGAAGACACCGGGUGUCCAGCGCUUCCUUAAGCCUGAAGGCUCCUCCCGUCUAUAAAAGGAGAAGCCAGACGCAUGCAACGGACCAUGGGCCGGACAAAGAAGAGGAGAGAAGACACCGAGCCUAAUACUCAGAGCGCAUCCACCACCACUCCACCUAAUUAGUAGCCAUCUCACUCCCAUUGUAAUAUAGAAAUAAGGGAGCUGCUGUAGUCGCCCUUCGCCUGUAAGGUAAUCCACGGUUGUGUAAGUGCUUGGGGUUUCCCGAAAGGGAAAGCCGUAUGUAA